AUGGAGCCAGCGAAUGAGGAGACCGGUUCGGUGCCUCGGCCGCAGCCGUCAUCCUCCCCUCCCCAGUUUUCCACAUCCUCCCCCGCUGUCGACAGAGAUGCCAUUGUCGCUGCUGCGUUAUCCGACGGGGUCAGCGUGAGCAACGGUUCUGUCGUCCCGCAAGCCCGUUAUGCCUCGUCCUCUGAUCGUCCCGUCUCCGGUGUGAUUCCGCCGUACUGGAGUCACCACCGGAAUGCAUCCCGCACAUCUCAGAUCUCUUUGGAUCAGCCGGCCAUCACAUUAGAGGAUCACACUGAGGAUCCCAACUCGGAAACCAGCCGGGGUCUCUGGGCCAAAAGUGUCACUGUUGAUGACUAUGCGGUUGUCCAAGGGAAGACUGGAGUAGGAGCAUAUGUGGUUUGGAAUUGCAGAAUACAAACCCUUGAUGGUGGUCCCAUCACUGUUCGCAUGAGAUACUCCGAAUUUGAUGACCUGCGACGGCAAUUGCAAGCCUCAUUCCCACAUGCGAAGAACGCUUUACCAGCACUGCCUCCUAAAAGUGUGCUCUAUAAAUUUCGCCCUGCAUUUCUGGAAUCCCGACGAGUCGGUCUGGAAUACUUCUUGAACUGCAUCCUACUCAAUCCCGAAUUCUCGGGCUCGCCCAUCGUCAAGGAGUUUCUCUUUGGUCGGAUAUGCUAG